CACUCCGGAACCGGCGGAAGCCAACUCCAUCCAUAUAUCUAAGCUUAGGGUGUGGUCUCCCCCUACCUGCAGGCUGCAGCAGCAGGCUUCUACUUCUUGCCAUUAGCUAGAUCCGUCUCGCUAACAAGCUAGAUCAAGGAGGAAGCAAUGGGGCACCAGCUGUUCGUCGACGACCCGUUCGCGAGCAGCAUCUCGUCGCUGGAGGCGGAGGCCAUCUUCUCCGGCGCCGGCGGGCAGUGGCGCGGCGGCGGCGGCCUCGACGACCGUGACCUCUCCGCCAUGCCGGCGGCGGCCAACACCUCGUCGGGCGGCUCCGGCUCUCCCGGCGGCGGCGGCAGGAAGAUGAGCCACAACGCGUACGAGCGCGACCGCCGCAAGCAGCUCAACGAGCUCUACUCCUCCCUCCGCUCCCUCCUCCCCGACGCCGACCACACAAAGAAGCUGAGCAUCCCGAUCACGGUGUCGCGGGUGCUAAAGUACAUCCCGGAGCUGCAGAAGGAGGUGGACGGGCUGGAGAGGAAGAAGGAGGAGCUCACGCGCGCCAAUUGCAAGCCGGGAGUGAUCGCCAUGAAGGACCAGAACGUGGCCCCUGUUGUCUCCGCGACCUGCCUCGACGACAAGGAUAUCAUGGUUCAGGUCAGCUUGCUCAGCGGCAUGGCGGCAGCGGCGGCGCUGCCGAUGUCCACGUGUAUAAAGGUUCUGGAGAACGAAGGCCUUCGCCUCAUCAGCUCAUCCACUUCUGCCUUUGGGAACAGGACGUUCUAUAACCUCCAUCUUCAGAGAACCCAGCGAACGAUGAGCAAGGAGUGUCCCGCGUUCUGUGACGAGCUGGAGAAAGCCAUCAAGAAAAAAGCAGGACUGCAUAUGCAUCAGUGAUACAUAAAUUAUACUAGUAUGCCAGGAUCGGAUCAUAUAUUGGACGGUGUCUAAUUAACUACCAUGAAUCAAAAUGCAGCCAUAGAUAUAGGAUGAGAUAAAUAGUAGUACAGCCGGUGCAUACAUGGUGUAUCUGUGGCGUGUGUCAAGAGUACUAUGUGGGUUUUGAUAUUACUCAUGUUCAAUAGAUUUGAAGAUCAUGUAAGGACCUACAUAGGGUAAUCUGUUGUAAAACUAAAUUGUGUUCAUAUGAGCUGCAAACAACAUUCUCUUAGGGCAAAACACUGUCAUAAAA